UUAGAUCCAUUGAAGACUUAUCAUUCUUAUCUCGCCGUAGACUACAGGAGGCUGAGGAGGGAGAGUUUCAGUCUUAAAUAAAUAGUAUUCAAACAAUUAAUGGCGUCAACUUGGUCUCCUCGUCGACGAUACAAAUACGAUGUGUUUCUAAGCUUCAGAGGGGAAGAUACCCGCGAGACUUUCACCUGCCAUCUGUAUCGUGCGCUAACUGCGAAGGGAAUUAUAACCUUCAUAGAUGACGAAAGCCUGGAGAGAGGAUCAACCAUUGGCCCAUCACUUUUUACAGCAAUUCAGGACUCAAGAUUCGCCCUUGUCGUUUUUUCAGAGAAUUUCGCUUCUUCAUCCUGGUGCUUGGAUGAACUCUCCAAGAUUUUUCAAUGCUUGGUAAGGAGGGGACGAUUCGUCUUCCCGAUCUUCUACCGAGUGGCUCCCUCUGAUGUGCGCAACCAAACGGGAAGUUUUCAGCUGCGUACAGUAGCGGUAAGGGAACAUGAAGAAGUCUAUGGAAAUAAGGACAAACUAGAGGAGUGGAGACAUGCUUUGACGACGGUUGGCGGUAUUGGUGGGUGGGUCUCGGAGGAUUAUAAGGAUGACGGAAAAUUGAUUGAGGACAUUGUUACGUAUAUACUUCGGAGACUAGGUCAUACUUAUACCUCUUCAAGUGUUGACAAGGGCUUCAUAGGAAUGGAUUCCCGCAUUGAUGAUUUAUUAAGCAAUUACAUAUGUCCGCAGCUUGGUGGGGUGCGUUUUAUAGGGAUCCAUGGCAUGCGGGGUAUAGGUAAGACAACACUUGCUCGAGCCAUCCAUGAUCGAAUUUGUCAGGAUUUUGACCAAAGCUGCAUUCUUUCCAAUGUUAGAGAAAAAUCUGAAAAGGAUGGCCUAGUUUCUCUUCAAGAAAAACUACUUUCCAGAAUCCUGAGGACAAAAGUUGACAUUGAGGAUGAAUAUGCAGGAGCUAUUAUGAUAGAAAGGCGGUUAUGUAAACUAAAGGUGCUUGUUGUUAUUGAUGAUGUGGAUCACAUCAAUCAAUUAGAUAAAUUGGCUGGAAGUCGGGACUGGUUCGGUCCGGGGAGUAGAAUUAUUGUAACCACCCCAGAUAUUCAUUUGCUAAGGGAUGUUGAUGAUACAUACAAGGCUACUGGGUUAGCUCGUGGUGAAGCUAUUCAACUAUUGAGUUUAAAGGCUUUCAAGAAUAGCUUCCCACCAGAAGAUUAUUUGGACUUGUGCCACCAUAUUAUAGGGUAUGCUCAGGGGCUUCCGUUGGCUCUUGUGGUUUUAGGUUCUUUUCUAUCUGGUAGAAGCACCAAUGAAUGGGAAAGUACAAUAGAGAGGCUACAUAAUACACCAAAUAGAAAAGUUAUGGGUGUGCUUCAGAUUAGUUUUGAUGGACUAGAGGAAAAAGACCAACAGAUAUUCCUACAUAUUGCUUGUUUGUACAAGGGGAAGGACAGGGAUCGUGUGACACAAAUACUAGGCUAUUGCAAGCUAGAACCUGGCAUUGGUUUAAAGGUUCUUGAGGAAAAAUCUCUCAUUACUAUUUUUAAGAACAAGCUGUCGAUGCAUGAUUUGCUACAAGAAAUGGGCUUGGAAAUAGUUCGUCGAGAGUCCCCUGAUGAGCCAGGUAAACGAAGUAGAUUAUGGUAUCCUGAAGUUAUCCACAAUGUGCUGAAGAAAAAUAAGGGAACAGACAAAAUCCGAGCCAUGGUAAUGGAGUUGCCUCAGUUAGAAGUGGCUCAUUGGAAACCAGAAGCCUUUUCAAAUUUGUCACAACUCAGUCUUCUCCAUAUUCGUAACGUGGAUCUUCCCAAAGGCCUCACUUUUCUGUCUAAUUCCUUGAGACUCCUUGAAUGGAGUGGGUACCCCUUAAGAUCCCUCCCACAGAAUUUUGAACCAGACGAACUUUUUGAACUUAACUUGUGCCACAGCAACAUUGAACACCUCUGGAAAGGAGCAAAGAAUUUUGACAAGUUGAAGUUCAUCAAACUAUGCCAUUCUCAAAAAAUAGUCCAGACCCCAGACCUCACAGGCGUUCAAAAUCUUGAGACUUUAGAUCUUGAAGGAUGUAAGACUUUGGUAAAACUUCAUCAAUCUGUCGGACAACUCAAAAGGCUUAUUGUAUUGAAUCUUAAAGAUUGCGAGAGUCUUGAGAAUCUGCCAAGUAAGAUUGAAAUGGAAUCUCUUGAAACUUUGAUUCUUUCUAACUGCUCAAAAGUUAAAAAGAUUCCCGAGUUCGCUGGAAAUAUGAAGCGUUUAUCAAAGCUUUAUCUCAAUGAGACUGCCAUUGAAAAACUACCUGUGUCAAUUGGAUGCCUGAGUGGCCUUGCUUCACUGAAUCUUAGCAACUGCAAAAAUCUUGUAUGCCUUGCAAGCACCUUAGAACUGCUUAGUAGAUUGGAGUCUCUUAAAAAGCUUGAUCUUUCUGGAUGUUUGAAACUCGGCGAACAGGAUAGUGUGAGGGAGAAUGGUGCAUUUAGAACUGCUGUAAAUCAUCUUACAAAACGUGGUUGUGAAGUUGUUGGGAAAUAUUUGUCAUGGUCCUUGCCUUCUAGAUUGGUGCAAAGAGCUGAUAUAGAACCAAUGAGUAUGCAGUUGCCUGCAUCUGAUCUGUGUUAUUCUACAGAGCAAAAUGCAAAUACAUCAGUGAGUAUCCGGUUGCCACUAUCUCGUCUAUGUAAUUUAACAGAUCUAAACAUAAGUAACUGCAAUCUUGUUGACGCUGCAUUUGCCAACUUUGCCUGUUUUCCCUCCUUAGUGGCACUAAAUCUGAGUGGAAAUAAUUUUGUUAAGCUUCCUCCAAGCAUCAGGUCCUGUUUUAAGCUUCAAAACAUUAAUUUGGAGAAUUGCAAGACACUUCAAGAGUUGUCAGGACUUCCAUCAAAUAGUAAAUUGGAUGUGAGGGCAGAUGGUUGUUCUUCACUGAAAAUGCUGUUUGAUGUAUCCAAUUUCAAUCGAUUGGAGAAAUCAUAUUUCAAUUUCAUCAAUUGCUUCAAACUAAAUGACAAUCAGGGCAGCUGUAACAUAGCAUUUGAAAUGCUGAGGAUAUUCCUUAAUCAGCAAGUUUCUAGUGUGACGGAAACUUUUCAAAUUGUAAUUCCUGGAAGUAGAAUUCCUGAGUGGUUUCAUCAUCGAAGAUUUGCGAGUUCAUUAACUGUAGACCUACUUCCAGAUUGGAAUCAGAGUAGGUUUUUGGGAUUUGUUUUGUGUGCUGUUUUUGUACUCCAUGAGCACCGUCAGGUUGAUGAGCUUGAUAUCUGUCAGUUCAAGACUUUUAAGGCCACUCAUCAUCUUGUAUGUUGCCUGAAGCUGAAUGGAAGAGAACUAGAAGUAUACGGCAAACAGCCUGCAUUUCGCUUUAGCGAACAAUUUUGCCAGGUUGAGUCAGAUCACCUUUGGAUAUUCUAUGUGUCCCGUGAUAAAUACUUUGGUACAGAUUGGUGGCAGAACAGUUGCAGUCAGCUUGAGUUCUUAUUUGAAACAAGAGGGCCAGGCCUGAGGGUGAAGGAGUGUGGGGUACGUCUGAUAUAUGAGCAAGAUGUGCUAGAGUUGAACCAAACAAUAACUCAAUCAAGCAGUAGGAUGUCUCCUCCAUAUGAGGAUAUAUUGACUGAUUUUGAGAAUCAAGUUGAAGGGGAAACCAUUCACCCAAAAAAAAAGUUGGAAGGGGAAACUUGUGGUACUGGUAGUAGAACCUGCACCCUUGAAGAACUAUAGGAUUGGCAGAAAUAUAGGGAUUCAAUACUGGCCACUUUGAAAAACCAAAAUUAAGGACUUCUUGAUCCCAUGGUUGGAAAUGAGUGCAGAAUGGUCAGUGGUCCCUCCUCUCACAUUGAACUUCUGCAGUAAUUACUAUCUGGAGCUCUCUUGCCUCAUUUUGCACAGAUAGAUUCUAUGACAGUUAUGUGGCUCCCCUUGAAGAGGAUGGGCAGGGCUUCUAUAUAGUAAACCAUUAAAAGGUUCAAGAUCUCCAUGUGAUUGAUAUACAUAGUGAAACUUGAGGCAGAACAUAUGUAUAAAGGUUACUUGAACUUUCCUCAUAAAUGAAUGCAAAUUCAUUUGGACUUGAUGAACUUUUGGGUAUUGUGGAUGGAAGAAAUAGAGGAAUUUUUGAAGUCUAUGAAGGGGUAGGGGUUCAGGUUCAGAGAGGGUCAUGCUAUUGAAUGUAACAAGAAAAAAAAAUGAAAAAGAAAAGGGCUAUCGAAUUUGGGAAAUGAAUUAAUGGUCAUGCUGGUGUGUCAGAUGCCAGAAAUAGAUGGAUUUGAAGCAAAGAGGCAGGUAAGGAAUGGAGAAAUCUUACCAUGUUCGCAUUCCGAUCAUUGCAUUAACAGCUCAUACACCAGGCGAGGAAACAAAAAGGAUGUUGGAGGCCAGCAUGGAUGAUUAUUUAAGCAAACCCUGGGAAAAUGAUCGUCUACUUGAAACAAUGGUAGGGAAGUAGUAAAAUUGUUGGAAGCUGCAAUCAUGAUUGUCAGGGAACGAAAGAAAAGGAAAAAGCAAACAGAGGUUUUCAUGUAAGUUUCGUUCUAUUCUGUAUUUAGUGUUGAUCAUCAGUUGCAUUAUCCCUAAAAUGACAUUCUAAAGUGAAUCACUUGUGAAGAAAGUAAACUGUCCUAAAUAAUGAUAACCGCUUGGGUUUAGUUAUUAUGUUAA